AUGGUAAUUGGACACAGUUUGGAAAGUUUACCGAAUGGAGCCUUUGUGACGUCACCUGUGGUGGAGGUAGAAUGUCAAGGACACGGUUCAGAAACUGCACAAACCCUAAACCAGCUUAUGGAGGAAAGAGUUGCAAUGGAUCAGGAAUGAACACUGAAUCCAAAUCCUGCAAUUCCAACCCUUGUCCAGUGAAUGGAAAUUGGACAAGCUUUGGAUCAUUUACGGACUGGACUUCCUGCAAUGUUACUUGUGGUGGUGGAAUAACUUCAAGACAACAAAAUCGGUCAUGUACAAACCCAAUUCCUGCCUAUGAGGGAAAAUCUUGCUCCGGGGAAAGUGUAAAAAUUGAACGCAAGACUUGCAAUACAAAACCAUGUCCGAUUGACGGUAAAUGGACCCAGUUUGGACAGUUUACAGAAUGGACCCCUUGUAACGUCACAUGUGGCGGAGGAACGAUGUCUAGGAAGCAGUUCAGAAACUGCUCAAACCCUGAGCCAGCCUACGGAGGGGAAGGAUGCAGUGGGUCAGGAAUAAACAUUGAAACAAAAUCCUGCACUUCUUGGCCUUGUCCAGGUUACGAACAACUUACCUCUACAUCCGCUCCGAAUAUUGAAAUUACUACAAUGAUAUCAGAGGAAGAAAAGACUCACGUAACAACUGUAGAUGCACCAAUAAAGAAAACAAUGGUUACUACGUUGAUGGCACCCGUUAGUACAACAACAAUUGAUACAACCUAUAUUAAUGGAUUUCUGGGGGCAAAAUCCAACAACUCUGGAGCUUACAAAACAACAACUCCUAAGAAUUUUCAUGAUAGCAAUGAAAUCACAACACCAGUUCAAGAGAGUGCCUCAAAGGUUGAUAUUCAAACAGAAAUGAAUGAAGAAAAUAUGCAAGGAAAUAAAUCUUUAGAGAUGGAAGACCCAAAUAAUGGAUUCGUAUUGACAACAAAACAGUCGCCUCCUGAUAUAACCACAGAACAAACAAUUGAUUCUGGAUUCAAUGCAAGUAGCACGAAAAGCAAAGAAGAAACGACGACCGAUCUCCCCGAAAACUUGCGAGUUGUAAGCACUCCAAAACCUUAUGGUCUGACAACGGUUGUUUAUGAAAAAGAAUACAAAUCUGACAAAGAUAAUACAAGAGGAAACUUAACUAUAGUAAUGAAUAAUAAUACAUUAUCAUACAACACAUCGAAUGUUGAAACAAUUACAACUGCUGAAGACAAUGAAAAGAAGCCAGAAGAUAGUGCAACCCAAUCAGCCAUUAUUUUACCAAACAAUGAAUCUGGAGAAGUAAACUUGAAGACAUCAACCGACUCUCAACAGAAAACGUCACUGCUUACUACAACGUCAUCAACUACUUUACCUACCAAUAUGGUGACAAAUUUGUCUUUGGAUUCAAGCAAUGUAACAAGUAGCCAAGAAAAGUCAAACGCCAGCAACAAUAAAGUUACAGGAGAAACAAACAUUGUCACAACGCUAUACAAUAACUCCAAUUUCAACAAUCAAACAUGUAAAAACUUUGACGUAAACCAAUCUGAUGUAGCCUUUACCAGCAGUGAAUACACAGGGAGAAACUUUUCCAGCAUUUUCAGCAGUGAGGGAAUCGUGCUGACGCCUGUUAAUGGAACCACACUUCUAAAUGUUAUAUUUGCUUCACCUUUGAAUAUAUCAAGUCUUGAAGCAAUACUUAUAAAUCAUGAAAAAGUAAAUGUUACACUGUAUGAUAAUGUUGGAAAAAUCAUCAAGGAAAAGGUCACAGAACAUAACAAUUAUACAGCAGUUAUCAGCAAAAUUCAAAUUUCAAUUUUUGUGCAUGAUCCUGAAGAAGAAAUAUCUGUAUCGGAACUACGUGCUGUCGCAUGUGUUGACUAAGUUGCAAGAUGAUUCAAAGAUGGGUAUUGGUUUUUGGAAAUAAAUUUUAAGUUUUAGAUAA